ACUAACUCCUCAAACGCUUGCUCACUCAGUGACACUGUUUACCUCAAAACGAAAUCAUGUUGUUUUAGCGAAGUUUACAAGUUAUAACGCCAUUACUCGAACUAGUCUUCCGUUUAGAAAUAAGUUGUGUCGUUUAAGUCAUGUUGAAAGCGAAAAUAAUAAUAUAAAGUGAUGUUUAAAUAAGGAAUUGGUUAUAAAAGUGAUAAUUAUGAUAUUGUUUUUGUGCUUUUUAGCGGUAUUCGCUUCAUAUCCCGUUUUAUCAGCUGUAGUUAAAAAUGAAGAAAAUGUUUGCAGAUUAGAUGAGUUUAAAUGCGGGGACGGCGCAUGCGUGAGCUUGGAUGCAGUGUGCGAUGGACACCAGCACUGCUUUGAUGGCGGUGACGAAAGUGGCUGCCUUGGGAGCGUAAGUCACCUACCAUCGAGAAGUACAAUACUUACCCGGUCGAGAAGACAGGCUCAGCAAUGCCGAAAGACGCAGUGGCGCUGCAGAGACGGGUCGUGUAUCAAUUUUGACGGGAAGUGCGACGGGGUGGUAGACUGUCCUGAUGGGAGCGAUGAGACGCACGCGCUCUGCAGGAAGUCGCAAUGUCAAUACAACUGGUUCCGAUGUACAUACGGCGCAUGCGUCGACGGCACGGCGCCCUGCAACGGAAUACAGGAGUGUGCUGACAACUCCGAUGAACUCCUGCCGAGGUGCAGAAACGAGCCAGAGGACAUCAGAGGGCAAUUCAAAUGUGCGAACGGCGAGAGUAUACCAGCGGCGUCACACUGCGACGGUGUUAGAGACUGUACUGAUGGUAGCGACGAGACAGUUCGCGCAUGCGCCUCGAAGACCUGCCCAUCGUAUCUCUUCCAAUGCGCUUAUGGUGCUUGUGUCGACCAAGGAUCAGACUGCAAUGGGAUUCAAGAGUGUGCAGAUGGGUCGGAUGAGUCAGCUGAACUAUGCAACAGGACUAUAACACCAGUCGUCACUCAAAGACCCUCACCGACAGGAAAGUGCGUGCUGCCUGCAUACCCAGCCCAUGGGAAGUACGAAGUAGGGGGGGUGGCCAACCCGUCCCCGGGACAAGGGUACCCCUCCUUCCAACUGAACGUCACCUGUAACCCAGGGUACGGAGUCGUCGGGGAGAGCAGUCUCUAUUGUCUCGAGGGAUCUUGGUCUCGAGUCGGGUUGCCCGAAUGUGUUCGUUUCUGCCAACUCAAGCCGCACCCGAGCGUCGAGUACUACUGCUUGGUGAACGCGAACAACGUUGAAGGGACCCGGCCGUGCAACGACCAGGAACCCUCAGGGACCACAGUGAGGCCCGUCUGCAGGGCCCCCAACUACUACUUCUCCGGGGUCCUCAACAACAUGCGCUGCAUUGACGGCAAUUGGGACUACGUAGCGAUUUGCAAUCCAGAAUGCGGCCGAGUCACCCCGGAAGGCGAGAAGCUGAUCAUUGGUGGGAGGUACGCCAAAAAGGGGGAGCUGCCCUGGCACGCCGGCAUAUACCGGAAGACCACUACUCCUUACAUGCAGAUCUGUGGAGGCUCCAUCGUCAGCACCAACGUCGUCAUAUCUGCGGCUCAUUGCUUCUGGACGGACCUGGACCGGCAGCUGCCGCCUCGCAACUACGCUGUGGCCGUCGGCAAGCUGUAUCGUCCCUGGAACAAUGAAAUGGACGUCGGAGCCCAGAAAUUCGACGUCAGUGAUAUAAAAAUCCCGAAGAGGUUCCAGGGUGCCGCCGCAAACUUCCAGGAGGACAUCGCCAUUAUAAUCCUUGUGGCAGCAAUUCAAUACCAGACCUUCAUCAGACCCGUUUGUGUCGAUUUUGACGUGAACUUCGAUAGGAAACAGCUCACGAGAGACAACAUUGGAAAGGUGGCCGGCUGGGGUUUGACAGGUGAAGAUGCCAACGCAUCCCCAAUACUGAAGGUGGUGGACCUGCCUUACGUGGAAAUCGACGAGUGCAUCAACAGGAUCCCGCCCAACUUCCGAGAAUACAUAACAAGUGACAAGAUCUGCGCAGGAUUCACUAACGGCACGGCCCUGUGCAAGGGAGACAGCGGCGGCGGGCUGGUGUUCGCGGAGAGCGCGCUGGGCAAGCAGCGGUACUACCUGCGCGGGAUCGUGUCCACGGCACCCACCAACGACCACGCCUGCAACCAGUUCAGCCUCACCAGCUUCACGCAACUCAUCAAACACGAACACUUCAUCAAGGAGUUCGCUCGCCUUUAAGCGCAAAUGAUUAAAAGAGUUGUACUGGUUG